AUGGCGACCACCGUCAAUACGGUAGGAAGAUGGAAUUGGGUUAUCAUGUCGCAUUACGCAUACAUCACGACGGCUGAGUAUAUAAAACUGGGAUGCUCAUUGGGUGCCGUGCAGGCAAGAAACUCUAUGCGGAACGCAAAGUUACUUUGUAUGGAUGCAUGGAAAUUGAUUGUGCCGUGCUGCAAUUGCUGGAAGAAGAAGGAGAACUCCAUUUUUCCGGAUGGUAUUAACGAGCACAUCGUUCCUUUACUUCAUGACGUUGCCGCUAUGGCAGAGAUCACACAUGGGCAGUCCGUAAGCAUGACACUUCUCAAGGCAUUUAGGAGGCAGUCACAAUUUGUCGCUUGUGCGCAGCGGGAACAUCAGGUGGUGUUUGAGAUGGCGACAACAGAUGCGGCCGUCCAAAAAAUGAGGCUUUGUGGUGCCCCAUUAAAAGUGACGUAUGAAGAGGCAACGCGGCUAACGGGUUUGUUAAGUGAAGCUUUGGCGUGGGAGUGGUACUGGUUGACGCAUGCCGCUGCUCCUGCUCCCUCCAAUUGCACCAGGACCUCUCAUAGUACCCAUUUGGAACUGAGGCCUCAUGCACUUGCCCUAAUGCUUGACAACUCUCCCGAAUUUAACCUCAUCUGGAUGGCUGUAUCUGAGGCGAGUGUUUGGAUGACCUUUCUGGAUGCCCUCUAUAACGAAGGGAGGCGGCCACGGAGUGAAAACGAGGACGAGGAGAACAACAGGAGCAACGAGGCAAAGAGAAGUACGGUUUAUCAUCAUUGCAGCACAGCCCUCAUUAACACAAAUGUCGCGAACCAUCGGAUGUUGUUUCACGCCCUGGAGUGUGCCGCGCCGGAGAUUCUGGUACUGGAUGAGAAGUAUGUGCCGCUCCUUUUUCCCGAUGAAGAGGUCCAGACUGUAGAGAGAGAGCCGCAGGAAAUAACAGGGCAACCGAAAGGGAAUGGGAGGACGGUGGUGGUUCCAUCGUUUGUCAAGAGGUUGUUUCUUUGGCGAGGGACAUCACCAGGUGCCCCGGUGGCAACGAAGGGAAUGAUGCCGUGGAUGCUCGAAGAGAUGCGACGUUUCAAUGAAGCGCAGCGAUGCAGUGUGCAAAGCAAUGCCACGGCCUUGGACUUGUUUGAUCUCGUGGUGCAUCCCUACCAACUAGAGCCGCAGCCGUGCUCGUUCCCCAUUCUGGCAGAGCGCAUCUCUUCCUUUCCCCCGGCUGUAUGCGAACCGGCACCGUCUGAGAAGCAGUGGAAGCAACACGCCUCCCGUAUACGGAAGGUUACAAAGAAGGCCCUUCUGCGGUUUCGUUCGGUGAUGCCGGUGUUGCACAUUUACACUUCUGGAACGACUGGACUCCCCAAGGCGGCGCGAUUCAGUCACCUGAGGUUCUUUGCCGCCAUAUUCCUUUCCUCCGUGCUUCCGCAACGAGAGAAAACGAAGGAGAUUCUGUUGAGGCAACACAAGAGAAACAACAUUGGACGCGAGGAAGGUAAUUGUUGGUUUAGGUUUAAACGGUUUUUUUCAUGUGAUUAUCCAUCCUUUGACGAAGAACUUAAUGUUCUCACAGUGUACAACUGUCUGCCGAUGUAUCACACAGUGGGGUGCGUCUUUUGUAUUGGGCACCUUCUGCAAGCCCUGCAGGUACAGCAACGUGCAGCAGGUUCUGUUGCGUCGUAUCAAUUCGAGCCACAAGGUGUUUGCAAAAAAGCAGGUGAGCGGCGGAAGAAACCGCGGCUGGCACCGACUGCCCGAAUGGUUAUCCGCAGUAAGUUCAGCGCCUCUCGAUUCACACAAGACUUGCAACAGUACCGUGUCACUGUUUUUCAGUACAUUGGGGAAAUACUUCGUUAUGCACUGCACCAUGAGAAGAAAAAAGUGGAUGGCCUUCUCGACACCGCUGGUGAGACAGCCGCACCCCUCAAUGGCCUUGACGGCGGCAGCAUCCCAGACAACGUUGAGAGACAAAGAGAAAAGGAAGAUCGAUGGGUGGUCCCCUUUGCUUUCGGUAAUGGCUUGCGCCGUGACAUCUGGGAAGAGUGUAAGGAGCUUCUCGGCAUCGGGCAAGUUGUGGAGUUUUACAGCUCAACGGAGGGAAAUAUAUUUCUUCUUAACCUCUUCGACAUUCCGGGCAUCGUGGGGCACCUGCCGCUCUUUCCAGCGCCAAUCCGUUGGCUCUCCACACAGUUUAAUCCGUUGUUUCCGUUCCGUGUUUUAAAGUACGAUUUCGAGCGGGGUGAGGUGUGGCGCCGUUCUCCGAAAGGAAAGGGUGCGUACUGCAGCGUGGGCGAGACGGGCGAGAUUGUCGGUGAAAUCAUUCAGGGUUUUGAUAUGUUUGGGCUCCGACGCUUUGACGGGUACCACAGUGACGCGGAGACGCGGAAGAAUGUGAUUAGGGGUAUCAUUCGGAAAAACGAUGCCUAUUUCCUUUCAGGUGACCUCGUGAGGUUUGACACGAUGGGGUUUGUCUCGUUUGUGGAUCGCGUCGGCGAAACAUUCCGCUGGAAAGGCGAAAAUGUGUCCACGACGGAGGUGAUGGACAUCAUGAACGGCGUGGUGGGACGGCUAGCAGCGGUGCGGGACGCUGUUGUGUACGGCGUCGAAAUCCCCGGCCGCGAGGGGCGUGCGGGCAUGGUGAAGUUGUCGCUCACACCGUUACAGGCAGCCCGCCUGGGAUCGUCGGCCUCCCAGGAAGAGAUCAACGCCAACCUCCUGCUGAUGACACUUCAUGACGAGGCAUUAUUCCUGCAGAAUGAACUGCACGGCCUGCUCUCUGGAGCGAAUGGUGGUUCCGCCGCCCUGCCAGGCUACGCCAUUCCCGUAUGCGUGCGAAUAGACGAUAAAACGAAGGAAGAUGUUGAGGGGGUAAGUAGCCGAAAGCAGCAGCAACACCAAAGUCAAAUGUCCACGGUAAGUGGCGACUCAUCCAGCCAAGCAGGUACCAGCCAAAUCAAUCACGGAGCCCACACCACCACCACAUUCAAAUACCGUCGAAAUGUACUUGUCGGCGAGGGCUACAGGUUUGUCUUUACAUCGAAUGAGCCCGCUCCUCCAAGGGUGUACGUUCUGGUGACAAAAAGAGAUCUCGUGACGGCGCUGGGGAUGGAGCCGUUGCCCCCAUCUCUCUCGUGUGGAUAUGUGCCGUUGAAUUCAAGGACACUCAUGACACUUGGCGAGGACCUUCAGCAUUGCGGGUGGUAA